CGCAGCGUGGUUCAGUCGCCAAGCAGACGAGAUUCGCACAGUACCGUCGGACGGAGCCACAGAGCAAACACACACAACACACAUUACACACACCGCACACACUCAUAGCAAUGCAGGUCAAAUGCCUGAUCAUCUGCCUUGGCCUGGGCCUGCUCAUGCUGGCCACUGGACCCGUGUGUGAGGCGCGUCGUGCCCGUGGUCGCGGACGCACCAAGUCGAGGGUGCAGAUCGGCCUGCCCAUCACAGGCAAAUAUCGCGAUCCCGAAUCCGAUCAGUACUACAACAAUAACAAUGGUGCCAAAAUCCUGCAGGCCUCACACUUUGAUCUGGAGUACGUGCUGGGCCACAAGAUCGCCUUCCUGUGUGUGGCCAAGGGCAAUCCGCGGCCACACAUCACCUGGUACAAGGACGGUGCGGAGAUCUAUCAGCAUCUGUACAUGCACGUCCACGAGUGGACCAUUGGCGAUGACAGGGUAAAGUCCAAGAUCGAAAUCGAUCCAGCCACACAGAUGGACGCAGGGCUGUACGAGUGCACCGCCGACAACAUGUACUCCAUCGAUCGGCGCAGCUUCAAAACAGAUUUCUCCAUUGCCUUCGACUGAUCGUGCAGUUCGGGGCGUGGCACUCUAGGCUUAAGCAAUAAAAUUGUUCCACCUAAUGCAUAA